AUGGAAAUUCUACGUAUACCUGUUGGAGAUAAAACACUGUCGCAUAAGGUGUUUGAGGGAAAUAAAUUCCCAGAUAUUUGUCCUGGAAAUGUGGCUGACCACUUAGAGAAGAUCAGGAACAUGGCAUACCGUCAUGAUGAUGUUUUCAUUAUGUCCUACCCUAGAAGUGGAACGCAUUGGCUACGAGAAAUUGUCUUCAUGUUGAUGAAAGGCAGAGCGGAAUAUAUCAUCGACGACAACAUCGACUUUCCUAUCGAACUUUUGGACAUGGAUACAAUAGAGAAGGAGGCGUCACCAAGGAUUUUCUAUUCUCAUAUGCCAUUUCAGUAUUUGCCUCGAGAUCAUUUAGCGAGAAAUGGAAAAGUAAUCGGUUGUGUCCGUAAUCCGAAGGAUGUUAUGGCGUCAGCUUUCCAUUACUUCAAUAACGUUGCAUUUGAAGUGGAGUGGGAUACUUACUUCAAUGUUUUAUUGGAAGGAAAUGCUCCAUACGGCUGUUGGUUUGCAUGGAGAGACCAGUGGGGGAGAAUGUUAGAACAACAAAGAGAACAUCCACCUCUCACAAUUACCUACGAGGAUACAAGCAGGAAUUUGGAAGGGCAAGUGCGCAGAAUCUCUGAAUAUCUCGGUUUGUCCUACUCCGACGACUUGAUAGAGGAUAUCACACAUGCAUGCAAGUUCAACAACAUGAAGUUAGCAAAAACACGAACAAAAUCAAAUAUGAUGAAAAGGAUAAAAGAUGCAGUUCAGGAUUUGGAAACCGCCACAAUAGAAGAUGUCAACAGGAACAGAGGUGGACACAACACAGUAAUUCGAAAAGGGACAGUUGGAGACUGGAAAACCCUUUUUACGACGGAGCAGAAACAAAAGUUCAACACAGUGUACAAAAAUAAGACUUUGGCAGGCAGUCAAUUAGAUUUUGAUGGCUAUUUUGAGGACGAUUUUAUGGAAAGCUAUGUGGAACCCUCAAAUCCGUAG